UAUCGCAAAUUUUCAAAUAUAGAUCAUGAUAAAACUUUUGGCCAUAUUGCCCUGCCCUAAUAACAGCUUAUUCAGAGCAGAUAACUUUCCGCCUGAAUCAGAGGAACAUUAUUGUGUUUUCUAAAGGGUGCAUUUAGUUUUAGAAUAUUCUGAUUUGAAUCAUCGUGUAAAUUAAAACAGAAUAUAUUCAUCAUGUUUGCGCUCUGGAGCAUUGAUGGGACGUUAGUGAGAUUCUGGCUCUUUCGUUGCGUGCAGCUGCCUCCUUCCAGCACAGUGAUGAAAAUCUCGGGUCAUUUCUUGUGUUAGGUGUUACUCACACAGAGGAUCUCAGACUUAUCCAGCAUGCAGAGCUCGGUGACCGUGUGCUUCCUCCUCCUCGUCUUUCCCAUCAACGCACAUGUCGUGGAAAACUUUAAUGAGACGUGCAUGCAAUACUUUUACAACGGGCAUGUGCCAGAGUGGACUCCCAAUGAUCACGUCCACAUCUGCCAGAUGUUUAAUAACAGAUACCACUUUGCCACCCUGUACGACAUCACCAACCGCAUUCCCGUCUACUCUGCUUAUGUAGUUGAGGAUGGAAAAAGUUCAGAAACAGACUGGAUGGUGGAGCCUCAGCUGGUAAAUAAGAGUUUUGAAAAGGAGAUGAUGACACAGGAUUCACUGAUUUACAAACAUCGUACACUAGACCCUAUAGACCCUAAGGACAUAGGAAUGAGGCAGGCAACAGAUGACGACUACAAACAACUUACAAAACAAUACAAGGAUCAAUACAAUCGAGGUCACCUGAAUCCCAGCUCACAUCAUGCAGGUGAUGCUUCCAAAGCCACCUACACCCUGACCAACAUAGUUCCUCAAAAACAAAAGCUGAAUGAAAAAAGGUGGAGUCGACAUGAGGCCAAACUCAAAGGUUGGGCCAAAAAUUACUCCGUCUACGUUCUGGUCGGUGCAAUUCCAUCCAAAGGAAACUGGAUCAAAAGAGAUAACCAGCCAGGUGUCAACAUCCCUGACUACAUGUGGGUCGCCCACUGCUACUAUAACAAGACAUCACAGUCUUAUGAGAGUGGAGGUGCCACAGCUAAGAAUGUUGAGAACCAGAUCUACGAGUGCACCCUGUCACAGCUUCAAGCCUUUCUUGGAAAACACAACCAAACAGGUCAGCUGUUUCACAACGACUGCUAUGUGGAGCAGGCUGCAGGUGCGUCUGCAGCAGCAGGAAAUCCUUGUGACAUAUAAUCCAGAAAUACUCACGAGAUCACUGAUCUCUGCAGAGUAACGCAGCUCAUCCUUUCCUCAGCACUGCACACAUGAACUUAUGUAAACAGUUACUGUGAUCUUAACUGUGUCGCACAAAUGUCAGCAUGUUUAUGGUGCAGGUGAAUACAUGCUGUCAUGCUUACAGGCGGCUUUACUCUGAGAGCAGCUUCACUGCAGCUUGUUGCUUAUUAAAAUCUGAUGAAAUGCUCAGUGUCGCGUGUUGGUGUGUUCAGUCAAAAUCAGCAAGUGUGACAAACUUCACUAGGGAUGGGUAUUGAUAAGAUUUUCACGAUUCCGAUUCCAUUUUCGAUUCUGUUUAACGAUUCGAUUCUUUAUCGAUUCUCUUUAAAAAAG